AUGAAAACAACCGGAUCUGGCAGUAGUGUAAGUCUUAAUUCUAGUACGGCUAAUCAUCUUGGUAUAAUCAAUAAGAAUAAUGAUUCGAAUACUUCUAAGUUGCUAUUUGGUAUUCUAUAUUCUCUAAAGUCUAUUUCAACAAAAUUAAUUGAUGAGGAAACUUCACCUAUUUCAAAUGCAUUAAAAUCCUUUACAUUAGGUAAAUAUCGAAUUCAUUAUUUGGAAUCAUUAACCAAUUUGAAAUUUAUACUAAUUACUGACAUUAUUAUUGAUAAUCUUCAACAUGUGCUAUGGGAAUUAUAUUCAAAUUAUUAUAUUAAGAAUUGUGUUGAAAAUUCUUUGAGUCCCGUUGAAUUCAAACAAUCAACUGAUUUGAAAGAACAUGAACUUAUGGGAAAGAUUAGCAAUUAUAAUUUCAUUCAUGAGACUGAUCACUUCUUACAGUCAUUAAGUGUCUUUGAAUGA